AUGAGUGCGGCCAGGUUCGGCGACGCGCCCCUGAUCAAGCUCGGCGGAGACUUCAAGAAGGUGUCGGACUUUCAGAAGCGCAUCCCGUCGAUCCCCAAGGUGCUCGAGCUCGAUCACCUGACCAUUACCGGUGCCGUCAACCUGGGACGGGGCGUCACGCUCAAGGGUACCGUCAUCAUCGUCGCCACCGAGGGCCAGACCAUUGACGUGCCGCCCGGUUCCAUCCUGGAGAACGUUGUGGUGCAGGGCAGCCUCCGUCUGCUGGAGCACUAA